AUGGAUUGGAAAGCCGCAACCUCGUGUUUUGGGAGAAGAUAUUUUGCAAACCGUAGUGCAGUAUUCAAUCUAUUCAAUAUUGAUCCAGAACAUGCUUUCAAACCUUCAUCAUCAGCAAACUCUACUAUUCCUCAGGGCGCAGCGCCUACGCCCUGGGCGCCAGGCACGUCAGGCGCCGACAGGGCAGAGUGCUCGUGCCAGGCAUCGCCAGGGCAGGGUCCUCACGCCAGGCGUCGCCACAGCAGGGUGCUCGCGCCAGGCAUCGCCACAGCAGGGUGCUCGCGCCAGGCGAUCCUAGCAUCCGCGCCCGACGCCCCCAGAGCAAGUACUCUGAGCGAUAUCACCUACAUCCAUAGAGCACCCAGCAAUGCUCUCUCCGCAAUCUUCUCUAGGCGCGUCGUGCACUUUCACGCGUCAUGCACCUCCAGGCGAUAUGGUGCUCGUCCUGAGAGCACCCGGCGAUGCUCCCUCCACCAUGACACGCCUGGGUAUGCCUCCUGCGUCUGGAGAACGAUCAACUAA